AUGGAGCUCCUACAAGUUCGAACGACGUUCGCCGAGUUUUUUCGGGCUGGAAUAACACCACUUGUUCUAAUUGCAAUAAUAAUAUACAACCUUUACUUUCAUCCGCUCUCUAAGAUCCCGGGUCCCUGGAUCGCCGCUAUUAGUGAUAUUCCGUACUGUUACUGGAUGCUAGGAGGUCGUCAACCUUACAAGUUACUUGAACUACAUAAUAAAUAUGGCCACGUUGUCCGCGUCGCGCCAAACGAGGUGUCCUUCAACACCGCGCAGUCAUGGAAAGACAUCUAUGGCCAGAAACCUGGUCGCCAAAUAUUCAUAAAAGGAACUUUCUACGACGGCGGCAACUUCGCUGGAAACGGAAUCAGUUCGAUUAUAAGCGAGAGGAGACCGGAAUUUCACAAGGAGAUGCGAAGUAGUCUAGCUGGCGCAUUUUCAGAUCGUGCCAUUGUCGAGCAAGAGUCGCUCAUUGCUACCUCUGUUGAUAAACUUAUUCGGCUAGUUGGCAUCAAAGGCUCCGCGGAAAAGGGGGUUGAUAUAUCGACACUUUUCGAAUCGAUGACUUUUGAUAUUACCGGCGAUCUUGCCUUCGGGGAGACAUUCGGUGCGUUGGAUAAUGAUGAACGGCACCCUUGGAUAUCUACAACCCUCGAUGGUUUGAUGCAAGGAGUGUUUGUAGACAUUUUCAGCCGCUAUCCAACUCUCAGGGCAAUACUUUGCGUGCUCAUGCGUUCCAAGUUCAAGAAAGCUGUGGAGGGUGUAAAAACCAACGAACGAUUAUGUUACGAGCUUGUUAAAAGACGGAUAACAAGAAAAACAGACCGCAAAGACUUCUUAACCCGAAUUCUCGAGGACAGAGAUCCUAGGAUCGUAUCAGAUAGACAAAUUGCUGCUCACGCCUCUGACUUUGUCGUUGCUGGGAGCGAUACAACUGCGUCUAGUCUGGCUGCCAUAGUCUACUACCUCCUGCAAAACACAUACACCCUGGCUAAGCUGACUGACGAAAUCCGAGGAACGUUCAAGAAAUACUCAGACAUUGGUUAUCUUUCCACCGCAUCAAUGCCUUACCUUCGUGCUGCCAUUCUAGAAGGAAUGCGUUUAUACCCCCCAACACCAAUGGGCCUCCCUCGUCUUGUACCGGAUGGUGGAGACAUAGUCGAUGGCUGCCCUCUUCCCGGAGGGAUUACCGUGUAUACGAGUCCUCUUUCAGCCUGUCUAGCCUCGGCAAACUUCCAGGACCCAUGGUCAUUUAAGCCAGAAAGAUGGCUCGAAUCUAACGGAAGCGACAACCUGGGUUGCAGUCAGCCAUGGUCAUUAGGCCCAAGAGGAUGUAUUGGUAGAAAUUUGGCAUGGCUAGAACUGAGGACUACGCUUGCGAAGUUGCUCUGGGUCUAUGACUUGCAACUUGUCGAUCCAACUCUUGAUUGGCAUGGCGAGUCUCGGAUGCAGACAUCCUUAUGGGAAAAGCCAGCUUUAAUGGUCCGUGCCCAUAAUAGGGGGGUUAAUACUGAAUAAGCAAGCACAUUAGGGGGACUAAUUAAUAGGGAUAAAUAAAGAAAAACGUAACAAAAAAAAUAUUACCAGGUGCCGGAUUCGAACCGACCUCUCCUUCGUAACAGUCCGUCCUCUAGCUGUGCUCUUAUAUGUGACUCAGCCUUCCGCUUGCCUCCUCGUGUACUGUUACACGUUGUCAUUGACUUCGUUUUGACCGCAUUAGCCCACUGAGCUAACUGGAACAUCAGGACUACUAUUCCUCAGGCGACUUCACCAACAGUCUGACCCGGCUUGAAAGGUGAUCUUUAUUAUGGUAUAUAACCUUUAUCUGACUCAGGUAUAUGACAUGGCAGCCGACUAGACGCCGACACAACACCUGGCGACUAGCACCCUGUCACUCGACAACUGCCACAACUAUACUUACCUUUAUAUCACGCAUUGUUGCGGGUGUGCACGUAAAAUUGUUGUCAUAUCGUUGUCAGGCCUCUUCACUUAUGCUCUCCCCAUUAGUAGAAGCUUUUGUCCGGGUCCUCAGCAUAAUAAUGUUUACCUAAUACUAUGCUUUGCGCUGGAAGUGAUACGAUAUGUGUAAUUAAAUUACAUAGCGUUUAAGACGAGUAG